CCUCGUGUGAACCUCCUCUCUCUCUUCCCGCCUCCUGUCCGCCUGCUGCGGUGUCAUGGCGGCUGCCGUGUGAUUGGUCGGUUGUCGUGGGACCUGGCGAGAUGCUGUUACUUGGUCGGGAGACAGAGGAUCGAUUGGUCUCUUCUCUACUGGGCGAUCAUGGGUCCGCAUGGCGUCACCCGAGCUGUUCAGAGGCUCGAGUUCUGCGACUGCAGGAAGGGACUCGGUGUGAAGAUAAUUGGAGGUUACCGGGAGCUGACGGCAGAAGAGUUUAUCUACAUCAAGAGGGUGAUCGCUGGAGGUUUGGCUGCUCAGGACGGUCGCCUCAGGUCAGGUGACCUGAUCCUGGAUGUCAAUCACAUCAGUCUGGUGGGCGUGACCAAUGAGAGGGCGGUGGAGAUCUUGAGGACGGCCUCGCUCUCUAAUCACAUGUCUCUGCUCGUGGCCAGAGACGAUGACUCCAGGAGGCAGUUUGCUGACCUGAUGGAAAAGUACGGCUCCAACAACGUCUCAGCUUCAGGACGAUUUUCUCCGACUCAACUCUCCACAGGGAAGCUGACGGACACGGCCUCGUCCUCGUCCUCCUCCAGAUCAGAAAGUCCUCAGCUGCUCAGUCCUAAAGAGGGAGUCACCGCCUACGCCCACGCCCCCCCGUCAUCUGCCAGCUCCCCUCACACCGUGCACGCUCACAUGCACACGCACGCCUUCAGUGACAGCGUCAUUCAGUUGAUCUGCGUUGCCAAGGGAACGGGCCUGGGGCUUGUCAUCAAAGGCGGGGCCAACCGUGCCGAAGGACCAAUGGUGUUUAUUCAGGAAAUCGUGCCCGGAGGCGACUGUCAGAAGGACGGCCGGCUGCAGGUCGGGGACCAGCUGGUGUCCGUUAACAAAGAGUCUCUGAUCGGUGUGACGUACGAGGAGGCGCGGAGCGUCCUGACCCGCACCAGACUCAGACCAGACCCGACGGUGGAAAUCGCCUUCAUCAGACGGAGGUCGUCCUCCGGCUCCAGCAGCGGGCCCCACAGCCCCACCUCCCUCCCGGGGUCAGGAGGUGGAGGCGGGCCCCAGGCGAGGGCCCCUGGGCUGGGGGCCGCGCCUCCGCAGCCGUCCAUGGUGACCAAGAUCUCGUCCAGCCUGAAUCCUGCCAGUGAAACACUGCCGGCCGUCAACGUGAGCCAGGUGUGUGUGUCUCCAGUCAGAACGGAUCACACUCGUGUUUCGUCUCCGCCACAGAGCGACGACGUCUCCGACACAAACGCUGAGCCAAUCAGCAUUCAGCGUCCAGCUCCGCAGAGGAAGUGCUCGCUCGCCAGCUGCCGCCUCCGACUGGAGCGAAUGGAGCAGGCUCUGGACCUGAUUGGUCUGAAGCUCACAGAUGUGCAGCGACAGACUCUCGGGUCCAGACUUCGAGCUGAUGCGACGGGGACGGUGGCCUUCGCAGAUGUUGAGAGUCUGAUCCGGGAGCUGUUUCAGCCUCAGCUGGAGGAGUCGUCCGUCGCUCAGUCUGAUGAUCUGUGCAGUUUGUUGGAGUCGCCCAUCGACCUGCGGCCGUCACUGUCGGACUUGGAGGACCUGGAGGAGAUGGAGAGACUGAGGAAGGAACACAUCGAGGCUCUGAGAGAGAUCAAGAGGCUGCAGGAGCAGCUGAUGGAGUCUCAGAGAGUUCACCAUCAGAUGGAGGAGGAGCUUAGUAAAGUCAAACAGGAAGUCAAACUGGGAGCAGAGGAGAGUCGUGCUCUGAGGACUCGGAUCCAGUUGGCCGAGGCGGCUCAGAAGCAGGCGAGGGGGAUGGAGAUGGACUACGAGGAGGUGAUCCACCUGCUGGAGGCCGAGAUCGCUGAGCUGAAGACUCAGAGGGUGGAGCAGCCCCCGUCGACCAAUAAGGAGGAGACGGACGAGAUGAAGAAGAGAGUGGCCGUCCUCGAGUGUCAGCUACGGAAGAGUGAGGCGGCCAAAAAGAGCUUUGAGCUGUCGACAGGGAAACUGCUGAGUUUUGUUGAGAACGUUCAGGACUUCCUGCUCGAAAGUCACGGACCAACCAAGAGCUACAGCUCUGGAGACGUUAAAGUCGGGGCGUCGCCUCAAGGUCUCCCUCCUCGCUACAAGAAGAGUCCCUGGACGGCGGCGACGCUGGCUCAGGAGGCGACGGAGCUCACGAGGACGGUCAGAGCGAUUCUGGAGGUCGACUGUCUUCCUUAUGGCUGGGAGGAGGCCUACACUGCAGACGGAGACAAAUAUUACAUCAAUCACAUGACCCAGACGACAUCAUGGAGCCUCCCGGCGGCGAGCGGCAGCAGCGUGGGACCUCCCACUCCUCCAGAGGCCUCAGAGAGGGAGGUGGAGCAUGACGGGGAGACGACCGAGCAGAGACCCAGCCCGUCCAUAGAGACGGAGAUGUAGAGCGUCCCACCUGUCCUCUCUGUCGUCAUGGUUACUGCAGCAGUAGGAUGCUGGCGAACGUGAUGAAGAAACGCUGCCGUUAAAGUCAUGAAAGUUGACUUUAUUUCCUGUGAAUCCUCCAUCAGAACCAUCACUGAGCCAAUAAUUCAUAAAACUUUUAUAAUUUACCUUUGAGCUGCUGAAGAUCUCAGCGACGAAUCACACGAGGGAUUCAAUGAAACUUAAUAAACAUCCUGAAUAAUUAAAACUUCAGUAAAAGUGAAGUCUGACAUUAUUUUAUUUAGAGUUGAUCAUUGUUUUCUGAUUUAAAGAGGCUGAGUAAACAUGUGAUUAAUAAAUGAUUCUAAAAUGA